AUGAAAAUUUAUUAUAUACACCUUAUAUCAUUUACAAAAUUACCUUUAUGUUAUUUUACAACAGUACAAUUAUAUAAACCUUCAAAAUUUAAAGAUAUCAAAAAAAAACUUUACCUGAAGAAAAAAUUUUUUAAGAUAUUUAAUAAAAAGCAAGAUAGUGACAUAAAGAAUGAUACUUUUUAUAACAUAAUAUCAGAAUAUCAAAAAAACAAAAUAAGAAUUUAUAAAAAUAAUAAAUUUAAUAUUUGUGAAAAUUUUAAUAAAAGCCCAAGUUUAGAAAAUAUACUUUUUAAAAGUACCACUUUUGGUUAUUUAGAAUUACAAUAUAUUUUAUCUACUUUUUUAGAUUUUGAAAAAAAUAGAUUAAAAAAAGAAGACAUUUUAACAUUAAGUAAUUUUUUCAACUUAUCCGAAAAAGAAAUAUAUGAUUAUUUAUGUGGAAACGAGUUGAUACCUAAAAAAUAUUCAGAAACAGAAGUUAUAAAAAGUCUCUUAAAAUUUAUAAAUGUUAAUCAUCCUUCUUUGAAUUAA